AUGUCUGCCGACCUGCUCGGCGCGCUCCUCGCCGUGGUCGGCGAUGAGCCAGAUAGCGGAGGCGGGGGCAGCGACGAGCCAGGCAAACUUCCCCCCGGCUCCCCACCUACCCUGAAAUUCGAAGGACCUUGGUUCACGACGCAGCUGACGAUCUCGCUGACAGUCGGCGUGCUCUCUUUUCUCAUAUUUUCGUACUGUCGGACGCGAUGGCCUCUUCUUUUUGCCCCGCGCACAAAGCUCAAAGGCUUCUCGCCGCACGAGGCGCACGCGCACCAGGCGUUCUUUGGCUGGAUCAUGCCCACCAUCCGCACCUCAGAGUUUACCGUGCUCCAGAUCGUGGGGCUCGACGCCGCCGUGUUGCUCAACUUUUUCAAGAUGUCGUUUUACCUCUUCUCGCUGUGCUCAAUGUUCGCCGUGUGCAUCCUCAUGCCCAUCAACUGGAAGCGAAACAAACAUCUACUGGACGACGACGACGACGACUGGCCAGGCGGCGACAAUUCCACCUGGCCUCUCAUCCUACAUCACCUCCCAAUCCUAACCACCUCCUUCUCCUUCUCCGAGCCCCCCUCCAACCCAAACACCAACCACACCUCCCCUCUCCCACCUGACUGGCUCGACCUCAUCUCCGACGCCACAACCUACCUCUCCACACACCUCCUCCUAACUUACCUCUUCACUAUACUCGCCCUCAUCCUCGCAGCACGUACCUACCGGCGUUUCUUGCGCGCACGCCAGCUCUUUUCCUUGGAACUCGUGCACUCCAUCCCAGCACGCACCGUCCUCCUCACUGGAAUCCCCCGCACACUGCGCGCCGAACGCCGGUUGGCAGAGUACUGGGAGAACAUGGGGCUGGGCGUCGAGAGCGUCAGCCUCGUGCGCGAGGUCGGCGGCCUCAAGGGGCUGCUCGACGAGCGCACGAAGAGGCUAUUGGCGCUCGAGAGGUGCUGGGUCGAUUACGUCGGCAACCCCAGCACGUUGGAAUCGUACGACCCCGAAUCGUCUGGUGUCGCUCCUUUAGUCGACAUCGACAUUGAAGACCAGCAAUCGAGUCAGCAAAAUCGACUGGUGGUCCCCCACCGCCCACGGCCAACCCUGCGCGCGCGCUGGUUCGGGCCCAAAGUCGACGCGCUCGAACACCUCGAAGCGCGCUUCCUCGCCGCUGACGCGCGUGUCAAACGCACACGGCGUACAGGGAAAUUCCGGCCCACGUCCUCCGCGUUCAUCACCUUCGAAAAGAUGUCGUCCGCUCAGAUCGCUCUACAAGUUGCCCACUCUCCUCUACCCCCCUCCACCUCCUCCUCGGGUGAAGAUGCACUGCAAAUGCACACAUAUCCCGCCCCAGAGCCGCGCGACAUCGUUUGGUCUAACAUGUCCCUCUCCCCGCGCGCGCUCCUCGUGCGCGACGCCCUCGUCACCGCCUCGCUCGGCCUCCUCUUCUUCUUCUGGUUCUUCCCUAUUACAAGUCUCGCUGGGCUGCUCAGCUACGAGGAGGUGAAAAAGACUGUGCCGUGGCUUGGGCGCCUCAUCGAUCGCAGGGAAGACGUGCGCGCUGUGGUUCAGAAUUCAUUGCCCAGUGUGGCAAUGAUCUCGCUGAACGGCGCGUUGCCAUUUAUUUUGGAGGGUCUGACGUAUGUACAGGGAUACCGCGCACGAAGCUGGGUUGAAUUCUCCUUACUCAAAAAAUACUUCCUAUUCCUCCUCGUCAAUGUCGUCUUUAUCUUCCUCUUCGCCACAACAUAUUGGCAACUCGUUCAAGACCUCGCCAACUCGCCUGCAAAGGUUCCUGAGAAGCUCGCAAUUGCGCUGCAAGCGGGAAGGGCGAGGCAUUUCUUUUUGAGUUAUGUUAUUUUGCAGGGGAUAGGCAUUAUGCCGCUGCAGCUGCUCAAUCUGGGUGUGAUCAUCCCCCGCGUGUUUUAUAGGGUGUUUUAUACGCGCACUCCGCGAGACUUUGCCGAGCUCAACGCGCCGCCGAUGAUCAACUACGGGGUCGUCUAUCCCCAGGCGAUCCUCAUGUUCGUCAUCACGAUGCUCUACAGCAUCGUCCAACCCCUCAUCGUCAUAUUCGGUGCUGUAUACUUUGGCGUCGGGUAUGUCGUGUACAAAUACAAGCUCCUCUUUGUAUUCUACAAACCCUACGAAUCGCAAGGCCAAGCCUGGCCCAUAACCUAUAUUCGCCUCAUCUGGGGCCUAGUCAUCUACCUCCUCUUCAUGAUUGGCAUCUUCACCCUCCGCCACUCCUACAUUCUAUCCACGCUCCUCCUUCCCCUGCUCGCCUACACCCUCCUCUGCGGGUGGUACACUCACCGCCGGCUACGCCCACUGAGCAAAUACGUUGCUCUUAGCGAGGUGUUUGAGGUGCAGCGCGGCGAAGAGGGCGCGGAGGUGCAGAGGCUGAGAGAGGGGCAUCCUGUCACGUGGAGUCAGAGCCAUUUGAAUAGGAGGAGGUAUGCGCAGAACGAUGAUACGCUCUAUGUGGCGCCAGAGGAUGAGAGGACGGAUUAUUCUCAGCCCCCAAUGGCGAAUUGGUAUAGUGGUGUCCUCAACACCGGAAAAAGACGGUACGGCCACCCCGCGCUAAACGGCGUUCUCCCCGAACCCUGGCUCCCGCUUAAAAAGGGCCAGGCGCUCGUCAACAGUGCGCACCACCACCACCGCGGGGAGCACCAGCAGGCGGGAGGAGGGGACCAGGCAGUGGUGCUUACGCUGCGCAAGAGGUACAGCGUGAGUGGACGGUCAAGAAGGUUAUCGCAGGAGGGUGCGGCUGCGGCUGGUGGUGUGGGUGUUGGUGGAAAUGCGAACGGAAAUGGUGGUGCAGGAGGAAUCCUCGCGGAUCCAAGCGCGAUGUUCGAUCCAUGGCAAGGCGCCGCAUCCGCAUCCACCUCCUCUCACGCCGCUGGGCCAUCGGGUCAACCGCAACAACGACCGCACUCCCACCCAACACCCCGCCGCGCGCACACACACCCACACGCGCUCAGCCACCGCCUAAGCUACGACCACGCAUCCGGCGUCAUCAUGCUCCCCGACGACGGCGCGUGGCUCUCUGACCACUCGCACUCCUCCGACGAUGACGACGACGAUGAUAGUGAGGUAGACUAUGGCGUUCAAGGCGCACGUGCAAACGGGCUCGCGCUCUCGGAGUCAAUGAUCAGUGAAGGUGCUGAAAGCGAGGCGGCAGCGGCGGCGAUGGAGGCGGGCGAGGGUGUGCCGCUGGGUUUGGGCGGUGUUGGUGGUUCUUCAUCUACGUUUACAUCUGCGUCUGCUUCUGCUGGUGCCGCUGCAGGCACGGGCGCUGGAGUAGGUACAGGCGCGAGCACAAGCGGUGGAGGUGCAGCGGGCGCAGGUACUGGAACAGGCACAGCGGGACCGGGAGCAGUAAUGGGCAUGGCGGGUCUCGGACAGAGUAUUGGCCAGCGUCUUUCGCGGUAUGGGACGUACUUUCAUCAUCCGGAGAGGCGGCGGACGGGCUCAAUCGCUAAUGUUAGUGCCGCUGCCACUGCCAAUGCCAAUGCCGCUGCCGCCUCGAGUGCGGGUGGGAGUGUGAAGCUGCCUGGGGCGUUUCCGACGCGGUGA